GAGAUUGUUUCAAUACUGGGCACAAAAUCAAGCAGUUGUGUAGAAGAAAUGAUGAGGAUCAGGAUUUCUGCCCUGCGACGCAAAAAUAUUCGAUUGGAAAUGGGAGCUUUAUGUUGCUGGUCUGACUGGUUCACUCUGAUCCGACUGGAAGGGCCACAUUCUUGUGUUGAGAUUUCUUCUGUGAAACGUUUUCACAUCGCGAUCCCCUCAAUGAUCUCAAUCUGGUGCUGCAGGACCCUUCGCUUGUUUAUCGAAACAGACCACAAGAGCUCGUCUCGCCUAGUGGUGGUGGCAGUCAGGCUGGACUACCUAGUGUGCUGCCUGUUCACAUAUCGUGGUCGCAGGCCCGGAGCUGCCUGUGUGUUUCAGUGCCUGUAGUUGUUGGGGGUGCCAAGCGGCGCACUAAGGUGAAUAGGUUGAGGAGGUCCCUGCCAAAGUCGAC